AUGGCCGAGAUACACUUUUCGGAGGAAGAUGCCAAGACGUUGAAGGGCAAGGUUGUUGUGUUGACAGGGGGGGCGCAAGGCAUUGGUGCAGCAGCCGUGUCAUUAUACCACAGCCACGGCGCCCACGUUUAUUUUGGAGACUGGGACGACGCGAAAGGCAAAGUAGUCGAACAAGACUUGCGGUCACAGAACACGGGAGGUUCAGUGCAUUUUCAGAAACUCGACGUCCGGGAUUACGACUCUCAGCUCGCACUCUUCGACACUCCGUUCAAGGACCAUGGUCGUGUGGAUGUUGCCGUGUCCUGUGCUGCUGUGAAAGAGCCAGCCGGGUGGUUUGAACCGGAAGACUUGGACCUAGCCACCGUCCGGCGAGAGCCCCUGCCGUUGAAAGAUCACAUUGACAUCAACUUGAUCAGUGUUCUCUCUUUUUGUCGGAUCGCCCUCGCGUAUAUGAAAGCCAGUCAUUCUUCAGGCACGGACACGGAAUUCUCAAAAUCCAUCGUACUCGUCUCAUCCAUAGCUGGCAUUACUGAGGCACCUGGUUUGUUCGCCUACUCAACAUCGAAACACGGUGUGAUUGGCUUGAUGCGAGCUCUCCGGCCAUGGGCACCUCAAAGAUACGGAGUAAGGGUAAAUGCGCUUUGCCCUUGGGCUACGGAUACGCAACUGCUUGGUGUGAAAGAGAAGUGGGUGAAGCAAAACAUGCCUUUGAAUACCCCAGCCGAUGUUGGGAAGAUUAUACUUCAAUGCUCUGCUGAUCGGGAACUGAAUGGAAGAGCAGUUUUCAUCACGGGAGGGAGAUUUUUCGACACGGAAGAGGGAGUCGAUAGAACAUUGCCUCAGUGGAUGGGAGAGCAAAAUGCAAAGGAGUUUCUCAAGGGCCAAGAGCUCCUCGGACUGGGAGAUGGUUGGACAGAUUGA